CCAUAUAAUUGUGAAAAGAAAUUGUUACACAUGAAAAAUUGGGGUAUUUUUGGUGUGUGUGGAAUUUGUAAUUCUCAAUAUAUUGGUUAGUAGUCUUAUCAGAUUACGAAAUGUUGUAAUAUUUAGUUUUUGAGAGGCUUGACAACAUCGAAACUGAGGCGAUUGUUGCUUUGUUACUAUUUUGAUGGAAACCGGUAAUUAUUUAUACAGAAAUAGUGGACAUCUAUUACAAUGUAUUGAUUCAUGAUAUAAUGUACUAAAAAUAUGGACUCCAUGGAUGAUUCAUUAGUGAACUACAGUUCCAGAUAUGAAAAUAUCUGCCAACGUCUUGCUAGAAGUCUUUCAGUAGAUGACAUCAAGAAUCUAAAAUUUAUCCUUCGAAACAAAGUGGAUCAAUCCGAUCUGAAUAAAGUAACAGAUGGACGGGAGCUGGUACACAUGCUGGAAAAGAAAGAAAUCUUAACAGAAGAAAAGUUACCGCACGUGAGAUCGCUACUGAAGAAUGCUGGGAUUGAUGGAGUAGAUGAUAUCAUCCAAUCAGAUUUUCCUAUAUCUUCUGAUGAAAUUUCGAAACAUGAUGGUUUUGACGUCAGAUCAAUGAAUGUUGUUGGAAAUUUCAAGGAAACAGAGCAGCUAAGAAAGAUGAUAGACAUUGUUGAGACAAAAAGAGCAGUUCUUGUUAAAGGACCCAAUGGGUCAGGGAAAUCUCAGAGUGCCUUUUGGUAUGCCAGAAAAUUUCAGGUAAAUCAUCCAUCUUCCGUUGUCUGGCGGGUUCAUUGCAAAUCAGAGAGAAGUGUCUAUUUGUCAUUUGCAACACUGAUGUCACAUUUGAAAAUAGAAUGUAUAUUAUGUGAAUCGGAUACAAGAGACUGUAUAAGAACAAUGCUUGACUUGGCUAUCGAAAAUUUAACCAAUCAGAGAAAUGUGACCCGAAAGCAUUUGAUAAUUUUGGAUGACAUCGAAUCACCGGAAGACAUCAUUGUCUACAAUGCAAUGGACAGGUUCAUAACAGCGGAAAAUAUUUAUGUAGUAGCAACCUCUAAUAAACGAUUUUUAUCGAACCAUUACGAAAUUUAUGGAAUGGAAAUGGAUAAAAUGACUGAAAAGGAAGCAGUGUCCCUUUUUCCGUUCUCAUGCAGAAGUGAAGAAAAGCAAGUGAAAUUAUUGGCUAAAAAUCUAGAUUAUCUCCCCCUUGCUCUGUCACUUGCAGCAUCGUUUAUAAAAAUAACGCAUAUCAGCGUUUAUGAAUAUAAUAAAAAUUUGUUAGGCUCUCAGCUUCAGGCAGACACACUGGGAACACAAAGCCUUGCUAGAUCUUACAGCAUAACUCUGCAACGUUUAGAUGAUGAAAUUACAAACAUUGCUCGAAGAGUUCUUUCCCUUGUUCCCUAUUUAAACCAUAAUAAUAUAUCAGUGACAGUUUUGAAAAGUUUUCUGUCGGACCAGUUAUCUAGAGCAGAGAAAGAGAUAGAAAUUAAUAAACUAUUGCUUGUACUCUCUAAUUAUUCAUUGGCUACUGUUGAAGGCGUUGGUGAAAAACGAAUUCUAUCGAUGCACGGAGUCUCCUCUUUAAUGAUUGAGAAUGCUAAAUCUCAACACAAAGUACGUCAAGAUGUCAAUCACCUUUUACGACAUUAUUGCUAUUAUUUAGACACCGAUGCUAGACUUGUAGAAUCCAUGAAGAGAAAUAUAUGCUUUAUCCAUCAUGCUGUUUUGCUGUUGCGAAAAUAUUGUGAUUUGUUCGAUGACUCUUUCGAAAGCAAAGUGUAUGAAAGUUAUUUAUGUUGUGCAAUUGGAGUGACAUUUCGGUUAUACGGAAGUACAGAGCUAUCAGCAGAAGACUAUUUUGCACGUGCCAAACAAAUUAUUUUUCAGGACAUUGCAUGUAUGUCUUUGCCAGAAAGGGCACUGCAUACGGGUAAUGUUACACAUUUGGAGGACUAUUUAUACGGCAAUUUAACCGAGCAGGAAGAGGCAAGACAAGUCUUCUUGAAAUUAUUAGAGAUAUCAAUAUCCAGUGUUUCGCUAGACUUUGUAGAAAUGUUUUUGACGAACAAAUUCAGAAAUGAGAGAGAAAUUGAACUAUUUAAGCAUUACGGAAAAAUGAAUCCAAAAGAGAUUCGAAACAAUAAGCUGCCUCUGCAUAUUGUCAAAGCUAUGACUUUGAAAGAUAUAAUCGUGCCCUUUGCAAAUAUCAGAGACACAUUUCUAAUUGACCUUCUAAUAACCCUGAUGAACAAUAGUAGUAAAAACAGAUGGUGGAUGGAGGCGGCAAAAGUAAACCCACGUGAUCGUACUUUUUAUAAGGAACAGCAGAUCGAUAGCUUAACGGAGUUUCGUUUUGCGCAUAAUCUUGCGCAAUAUUUGAAUAACUAUUACCGCGAGCAUUACCCGUCCUGUAAUCCUUUAGCGAGUACAGUAACAAAACGAAAUGGAAUAUUAUAUUUUCUCAGAUCAAACGAGAAAAUUGAAAGUAAUGAACUAAAAGAUGUGAUUGUUACAUUAGACGAAAUGUUCAAUAAAAGUUCAGCUACAUUUUAUGCAUCAUUUGGUGUGCUGAAAAUGGCGCCGAAAUUCAACCUCCAUCAUAGAUGUUUAAUUACCCGGAUGUUAGUCAAGUGCUAUGUAAAAUUGUGGGAAAAUGACCGAGACCAAAACGAUCUUUCGGAAGCGUUGUUUCAAGCAGAAAAAUUAGUGGGAUUGUCCAAGGAAAUGGAACAAUGGAUAGUAUUAACAAGCAUUUAUCUCGAAAUUGCUCAAACCUACCUUCUAAGUCCCACCAAAGAAAAUAUUCAAAACGCAAAACUGAAUUAUAAAAUGGCGUGUCAGAAGGCUAGGGAAAGUGGUAACAUCAUGAAUACACAAUACCAUUUGAAAAUGUAUCAACAGUAUAUAAAUUUCUGCUUAAACUAUGGUAGUGUAGAUGACCUUAUUGAAGCCGAACAGAUAUGUCUAGAUAUGUUGGAGAGAUUUAUUCAAAACGAGACUAAACAAACAAUACAGACUCAUUUGAAACGGAUACAUCUAAAAAUAAGUCAGCAGAAGUGUGACAUGCUUUACCAAACACUGAAGGUGUCCUCCAUGUUUAUUAUAUGUUUAGUUAUUGCUAUGGUGAUGCUAUGGUUCGGACUUUACGAAAAUGGCCAGCAAGAGCUGUGAUGACCAAUGUCAGUAUUUCGACAGUAUUUUGUGCAAUAAAAUUAAUAGUUUUAAAUA